AUGGAGGACUUCCUUGCCACUGUUGGCGCCCAAGCCUGGAAAUACGCCGUACGGUCGGUGGAUGAUUGUGAAAUGCACUCUCGCCUGCUUUCCCUACAGAAGCAAUUUGACAGUAAGAUCAUGGUCAUUGCACCAACUAUUGACCUCGUAGAGUUCAAAUCCGGGCGAGGAAACGUUUUUCUUGACUCGGCUUUGCCACUGACCAAGGCCUUGCAUGGCGACAUUCGCCAAUUGAAUAUCGCCAACUUGGACACACGAAGUGUCGUCGACGACAUUGCAUCAAUAUUGGAACGCAUAGACCGCGAGAUUCCGCUACUACAGCUAGCCAUCACCGCUUCAGGAGAGAGUCUCUCCAGCUCCUUACCUCCUAGCAUUUCGCCGUCAAGGCUGCUACAAGCCAGCACUUUUCUCAUUGUCGGGGACAUGCAGUUUCACAGCGAUCAACUAAAUCCAGUCCAAAUCGGACCAUCGUUCUGCUUGUCUCUGUACAUGCUGUUCCUUGGACAUGCCCCCGUCGCGCAAGUGCGUGCACCUACACCUUCUUCAGGGGAUUCUCAUAGACAAAACCGCGGCAGGGACUCCCAAAAAUCAUACGGGUUAGGCCCAGGUGAUCGCAAACCGAUAUGGCAAGAAGUCAUCCACAAGGCACGCGUGACCCUCCACAGGACCAAGGCUUUUGCGGAGUAUUCGUAUCACCUGGAAUUUACCGAAGAUCUUGACGAUGGUCGCUUACGAGACGAAGCAGAGGCGUGCACCCGAAUUCAUCAGCAGAUACCUAUCCAUCAGAUUUCCAAGAUCUUCUACACAGACAGUGGCCGGCUACUAAACAUAGGAGACGAGACAGCCGACGGCAAGAAUCCUGUCCUUCUUUUCAAGCGUGAUGUCAACGCCCAGCCCCCAGGCGACGAACAUAAGCACGCGGAGAGCUAUCUUGAUCCAGCGGGGAGUCAUGUCCCAGCUUCGUUUGACAAUGAUGCACAUGAUCAAGUGGCGCUUGACCAGCAAUUGUAUGAAGAAUUGCGCAGGAGCGCCAGUGCAUGGCAUGCACCACCACGAGAUGAUCAUACUCGUGAGGUCCAUGGCUUCCCUAAAUAUCUCGAUCCCGAGUGGAUAGCCUUGGAGAUGUACGAAGAAACUGCCGAGGAGCAUGCAACUCCUGAGGGAGGCUCAAGGACGGAGCAAGACGUCGCCGAGUCCUGGGAUAACGAGGUUGAGGACAGGUCGGAUAUCCGGGUUACAAAAGCUGCCGAAGCGCUGCAGAAGUCACAGACUCUGUCCAUUGACCAGAAUUCUAGCACCAUGUCAAAUGCGCAGCGCUCACCCUUUAGCAAUGUCACAACAUCAUUGUCGCUUAUCGAGAUGUUGGUUCGACUAGCUGGUCUCCAAGAGUUCCAGCAGACAUCGCAUUUGUCUAUACCUGAUCACAUUCUCACGUUCUUUCUGGAGGAAUCAUCGACAACUGGAUUAGGAGGUGAGGCGCAAUGGGCAGCGCGCCAGGCGGCCAAGGCGAGGGUUGGAUUUGAUCCAUAUCUUGAUCCCUCAUCAAAAGAGCAGAGCAAUCGAUAA